AGUUCCGUCUCGACAUCCACCACAACCACGGGGAUGAUCGAUCAGACGGCGUUGAGCUUAUUCGCACACCCCCCUGCAAGAAAGAGACUUUAUGCUUUGAUGCAUGCAAUGCCUGAUCCGUUGGUCAUCGCUUCGGUUUUUCUAUGUUCAGUUCGGAGAUCCCUCACUUAUUAGUCACAUCCACCGACUCGAGACCAAACAACCCUUCCGAAGGCGGCACAGCGCCUCCUCUGCCUACCAAGUUCCAUCGCAAAGCCGCCGCCGCCGACUUGGGGCAACUUCAUGGUGGCCGAGAUUAUUAGCUUCUCGAGGGAGUGCUCCGCAGGGAAAACAGUGGACCACUUUGGCAAUCUAUGGACUCGCCGACAACACGCGGCCCCUUUUCUUGGCCAUUAUUCGAGCAGUGGGCACUGGCUCAGUUAUAGAAAUCGGCUGCAUCCUUUUGCCUAGCCCUCGUAACCGAUUUGACCCCGCCGUGAGAGCUGUACGAGGGUUUGCCCGGCGCCGGCUUGGUUACCACAGUCUCCCGCCUCUUCAACUCGGCGCCCGCCCCGCCAAAAACAAGUUUUGUGCCUCGCUUGCCGCUGGCCUCAGGGCCUGGUUGGAUGCCUUCCUGUACGCCAAUGGCCUAGACUACAAGUCCAGCGCAUGUCGUGGUUGGACUUUUCCUGCAAGCCGUAGAUCCUGGGCCUUGUGCUACGGCCUGGACACGAGCCCUCCUGGGUGCACAACGAACACACAACCUUUGUGUCACGAGAGAGACUUGUGCGCCAAUUUAGCCCGCUUAGUCCCGGCUCUUGCCAGUGAAGCUCAGUCGACACAGAUGCGGCUAGGAAACAACUGACAGCUUAAGCCCUCCCACUACCAGAAACAUGAAGCCGCCA